AUGGCUUACACCUUGCCUACUGAAGCAGCUGCCUUCGUUGAAGGAGGAGAUGGGUAUGAUUUGGAUCAUGUCUUUACGAAGGUGUUUGAUGGCACCACCUGCACCUAUGACGAUUUGAUUUUUAUGCCGGGUUUCAUCAACUUCCCUACAGAUCAGGUGGACUUGACAACCCGCUUCUCCAGAAACAUUCACUUGAAGAUUCCUAUGGUGAGUUCGUGCAUGGACACUGUGACGGAGCACAGCAUGGCGAUCUCCAUGGCCCAGCACGGAGGCUUGGGUGUAGUCCAUCACAACUGCAGUAUUUUGGAGCAGGCUCAUGAGGUGGGUCUGGUGAAGAAGUACCGCAACGGUAUCAUCCUGGAGCCCACGAUCCUGAAGCCCGACGACACGGUGGCGGACAUGAAGGCUAUCAAGGCCGAGUACGGAUUCUCUGGCUUCCCCAUCACCGAGCACGGCCGUCUCGGCGAGAAGCUCCUCGGUAUCGUGACGAACCGCGACGUGGAUCUGGUGACCGACCUGAACACGCCGAUCCGCGACGUGAUGACCACGGAGAACCUGCAGACCGUGUCGGUGCAGACCGCCGACGAGGAGGCCAAGGAGAUUCUCCGCAAGGCCAAGGUGGGCAAGCUCCCCGUGGUGGACGCGGAGGGCAACAUCGUGGCUCUGAUGUCCCGCACGGACUUGCUGAAGCACCAGAAGUACCCCGACGCCACCAUCGAUAAGAACGGUCGUCUGGUGUGCGCGGCGUCGAUCGGCACGCGCCCCAACGACAAGGAUCGCGCCAAGGCGCUGAUCGAGGCCGGCGUGGACGUGCUGGUGGUGGACUCCUCGCAGGGAGACUCGUGCUACCAGCUGGAGAUGAUCCGCUGGCUCAAGACCAACUACCCGCAGAUCGAUGUGGUCGGCGGAAACGUGGUCACUUGCCGCCAGGCGAAGCACCUGAUCGAUGCGGGCGUGGACGGCAUCCGCAUCGGAAUGGGCGUGGGCUCGAUCUGCACGACGCAGGAAGUGUGCGCGGUGGGCCGCGGCCAGGGCUCGGCCGUGUACUUCGUGGCGAAGUACUGCCGCCAGUUCGAUAUCCCGGUGAUCGCCGACGGAGGCAUCGGCAACGUGGGUCACAUCACGAAGGCGCUGUGCCUGGGCGCGUCGACGGUGAUGAUGGGCUCGAUGCUGGCCGGAACGGAGGAGGCGCCCGGCAAGUACUUCUACCGCGAUGGAGUGCGGCUGAAGAAGUACCGCGGCAUGGGCUCGCUGGAGGCCAUGGAGCACGGAUCCUCGCAGAGAUACUUCACGAGCUCGCACGCGUCGAUGCGCGUGGCUCAGGGAGUGGUGGGCAGCGUGGUCGAUAAGGGCUCGCUGCGCCAGUAUCUGCCCUAUCUGGUCCAGGGAGUGCGCCACGGAUUCCAGGACCUGGGCAUUAAGAACCUGAAGGAGAUGACCGAGAUGAGAGAGAAUGGAAGUUUACGUUGCGAAGUUCGCUCCUCCAGCGCACAGAUCGAGGGAGGAAUUCAUAAUUUACACAGCUACGAAAAGAGACUUUUCUAAUUGUUUGACUGCAGA